AUGCCCUUUUCCAAUAAGUUCAACAAGGGGGUGUCCUUAUGGAUUCGAUGUUGGAGAACCCGCUCGGAUGAAGAAAGUUCCCACCCGGUUUCUACCACCGGUCAGCCAAUACCCACCAAGGACCAUGACGGUACAACUCAAUCGAUAAGAUCCGAAUCGUCAUCCCCGGCACAAGACUCAAACCAAAUUUCUAGGGCUUCGGCGGAUGGGGAACCUCCCAUCCGAAGCACAACAUCAACAACCCUUGAUCAAGCCGCUGAGGAUCCGCAAACCACCCACUAUUCCCAACUUCCCUUGCAAGCGCCACGUAAACCGCGAAAUAUUUUGAUCAACGAUGCAGUACGUGAUGGGACUGUUCGGCGUGUCUUCUCUAACACCCUAACAUCGUCCGAACAUUCCCUCCUUCUGAAGAAUGAAACUGUUCGCUCAUCCAGAAGGAAGAAACUCUACAGCGGUGGCUGUGAUUGGGAGACGCUUGUCCCUUCAAGGCUCCUCUGCUAUCUCAUCAUUGAAUUUGAGAGCAUUUCAAACGAGCCGUUCAAGGACGAGCGAUUAGACGUCCUCGAAUUUGACCUCAACUGGCAAGACGAGGGAGCCUACCACAUGCUUAACAAUGAGGCUCAACGACGCUUGCGACAAUAUCCCACCACCAUGGAACGGCAGACUUACCGUAAGAAAGGCACAUGCAAGCUGUUUCGGGAUGAGCAGUAUUGCUUUUCGACCCCUCUUAACGAAGAAGCAAAAUGGCUGAACUUACUUUCUAACAUGAUUGUCCAGUUCAUUGCUAAGAACGAGAUGGUGAAAUUCCAUCUCGAAAUAACAUGGACGUAUACCGCAUCGGAGCCUCCUCAAGAAGCUUCCUGCUACGCGGAGAAGGUCAGACAAUCCAUUGAUGCGCAACUUGUAUCCAGAAAAAAUUUCAUUGGUGAAUCGUACAUCCCUUCCAAUGUCCUCACUGAGAUCAUGUCCGAGACCACAACAGAACAUCUGAUCAACGAAGACGACUCCUUGAAAGACGUCGAAAGCCGCCGUUACCAGCAAAAUGGCCAGUUUGACAAGAGAGGCUUUGUUCGAGAUGUCAAGACCAAGGCCAGCAUUUUGUUAGCUCUUUUCGUGUACAACAAACUGCCGCUCAAAUAUUUGCUACGACUGAUGGAAUCUGACAUCACGAAUGUCCAUCUUGGCACUCUUCCACUACAAAGAGAUCAUUGUCCCGAGGGUGCCGAUUCCGUAGACUUCGGAAACUUAGUGGAUCAUCAGUGGCGAUUCUGUGCUCACAAGUUCCCAAAACCUGAAACAGCAUCAGCGCAUUCCUACGACCUCCAUCGCCACACCAUUUUGCCCAUUCAGUAUUGUAAUGAAGGGAAGAAGAUUGGAAAUGGUGCGUACGGGGAAGUGUACAAAAUUCGCAUAGAGACAGACCAUCACGAAUUCAGGACGGUCAGCGAAGGAUACCCAUAUCAGUAUCAGGACAAAUGCGAAUUCUUUGCGCUCAAGAAAUUCCGAGGGUCCAUUUCAGCUGAGGAGUUCAAAAAUGAAGCUGAAGUUCUCAAAGAGCUAUCCAAACAGCGCCACAAGCAUAUUGUGCCUCAUUUUGCAUCUUGGAGCCAGGAUGGCCAGUUCUCAAUGCUUUUCCCUUUUGCGGAUGGAAAUCUUCGUGAGUACUGGAGUCGUCCACCCCAACGCCCAGAGGUCAACGCACAAUUUGUGACGUGGAUGCUCGCGCAGUUCUGUGGCCUUGCCGAUGCAGUUCGCCGGAUUCACAUGAUGGGCGGUUAUCAUCAUGAUAUCAAGCCAGAAAAUAUUCUUUACUUUUCAGAUGGUGUUUCCGAACUCCCGACACUGAAGAUCGCUGACUUUGGAUCUGCCAAGAUCAUGCAAGUCCGGUCGGGUGGAUUGCUGGAGAGCUAUUUGAGGAUAGGUUGCUCACAUGGUACACCAGCCUACGAAGCCCCAGACUUCUUCAUAAAUAAGGGAACGUCAUCACCAUACGACAUCUGGACGCUGGGAUGCGUUUUCCUUGAGACACUCCUUUGGACCUUUGGAAUGCUCUUCGAUGAACAGGGAUCGUAUUCGCGCGAGCGGCACAUGGUGAACGAUGUCACUGAGUCGAAGGAUGCUAUGUUCUGGUAUCUUGACGGCGAAAGUUACGUCCGAUGGAAACCUUUCGUCCAACGGCGUCUAGAUGCUCUGGAAUCCAGAUGCAGGCAAUACGGAGUUUACAUGUCAAUACUCCAGACCACGACGAAGAUGUUGCAUCUCGAUCCAGCGCAAAGACCCAGGGCACACGAGGUUCAUAAUGAUUUCGAAUGCAUCAUUCAUCGAGCUAAAGACCUUGAUAAGAAAGAUUGGACCAAUCUCUGCAUGACCGAUGAGAGAACUCCAAUUUCGACCCUUUCAGAUGUCUCCGGUCCCACGAAUCCGAAAGGCACGCCCGUUUCUGCCAAGUAUGGCUACAUUCUGCAAGGAAAUCUCUACGAAGAUGAGCGCGCUGUCCUUCGCGAAUCGGGCUCACAGGGCAAUCUGAGCGCGGGAAAUCCGAGACCCCAAGAAGAGCUCAGUUCUGUGGGGUAUAACGAGUUCCUGAAAGUUCCGACACCUCACAUCGUCGUGAAUGGCGAACUUGGAAACACAAGAUCCAGUCAAGCAACUCAACCCAGUGAUCAGAGGCCACUUCUUAGUUAUAACCAAGGUCCACUGGAAGUCCGCCAUCAGCCUACGACUCCUUCGCCGUGUGCAACCGAGACUUCUGACUGA